CAGAAAAAGGUUUCGAAACGGGAAGCUCUUGCAGACGAUUCCGCAGAGAAUCCCCAUCAUUAAAAAGGAAACAGCGCUAAUAUUUGAAUUCAUAAAUAGAUUUUGGCGCUAUAACACGUUCAUCCGGACGACGCGCUUUCCUAUGGUUCCGUGCUUGUAAAAACACUAACUUUUAAUUAUGUAAGAAUUUUCGAUUUUUUCUUUAAAAUAAAGGCUGUCUAAUAAUCAUGGUGCAGUUAAUUAUUAAAUGCCUGGACCCAUCGGCGCAGCUACCCGAAUGGGGCCUCAUCGAGCUGCAGGGCGAUAUUAAGCACCGUCACGGCGACGACGUUCCUUUAAAUGAUCUCCAUUUAGGUGACCUUCACUUUACUAAGGAGGGUACCCCAAUGAUUCUCAUCGGGCACCACGUGCUCUAUGGAAAGAUAGUCGACCUCGAUAAGCCAUUUCUGGCCAUACGACGAGUUCGGGGCGAAGGCAAAGAUGCCACAUCGUUCCACAUCCAGGCUACGAUCACCAGGAAAAUCAUUUUUAAGACACGACCAAAACCCAUUGUCACUAAUGUACUAAAAAACUAACAGUGUACCUGCAUCUUUUGUAAAUGCGUACCCCAAGUUAUAUGGCAGCCUUAAAAUAGAACAUGAUAGUAUACAAAAGGCAUUGUUAUAUGAAUUCACUGAAUGAACAGGCGUUUCACACAUAGCGACAUAUUGGAUAACACAACUACCUGAGUGAUCAGAAUUAAGUCAGUGAUUUUAUGAACAAGUGCAUGAAUUCGGGUAUGAGCAGGACAUAAUUUAAGAAAUCCUCA